GGCCAGGCGUGGCAGCCGAGCGCCGAGCGGCCGAUGAGCGGCGGGGCUUGGGGGGGGGGCGGUUAAAGGAGCGGGAGCCGCCGAGGCAGCCCGGCAGGUGACAGCGAGCUCCAAAACCCUGAAGUACAGCUGAGAUGUGUUGUUUGCCCUUCAGGCUGAGAAUCCCUGGUUAAAGGGUGUCCUCACAGCCACCACCAGACCCUGCCAGCUUCUCCAGCAGCUCCCAGGUACCCCCGCAACAUUGGCAGCCUCCAAAGGCUGUAGGAUGCCGGGGCCGGCCGGGCUGGGGCUGCCCACCUGAUCCUCGCCGCCCGCGUCCCGCCGGCACGCCAUGUUGCGUUCCUGGCGCAUGAAGCUGAAGCUGCUGCUCGCCACAGUGACCUUGGCCGUCCUCCUCUCCUGGCUCUACCUCUUCGUGGGCAGCCUCGAAUACGGCCGCUUCCUCCUCCUGCCGCCCUGCCUGGGCGAGCAGCCGAGCCGGGACGUGGAGCGGGAGGCGCUGGCUUCGCGGGUGCGCCGGGUGGAGGAGGAGAACCAGCAGCUCCGCGUCCAGCUGGGCCAGGCGCAGGAGGGCAGCGACGGCAGCCCGCGGUGGGGGACCCCCGCCGAGGAUGGGGAACCCCCCGGGGGCGAGGGGAGCAACCGCACGGCCUGCCCCAAGCAGCGGACGGUGCACAAGUGCGAGCUCCUGCACGUCGCGAUUGUGUGCGCCGGGCACAACGCGAGCCGGGAUGUGGUCACCCUGGUGAAAUCCAUCCUCUUCCACAGGAAGAACCCUCUCCACUUCCACUUCAUCACGGACUCGGUGGCCCACCAGAUCCUCCAGACGCUCUUCCAGUCCUGGAUGGUGCCCUCCGUCCACGUCAGCUUCUACGACGCCGAUGACUUGAAGCCGGAGGUGUCGUGGAUCCCCAACAAGCACUACUCCGGCAUCUACGGGCUGAUGAAGCUGACGCUUACCAAGGCGCUGCCCUCCAGCCUCUCCAAGGUCAUCGUCUUGGACACCGACAUCACCUUCGCCACCGACAUCGCUGAGCUCUGGGCUGUCUUCGGGAAGUUUUCUGACAAGCAGGCAAUUGGGCUGGUGGAGAACCAAAGCGACUGGUAUUUGGGCAACCUGUGGAAAAACCACAAGCCGUGGCCGGCCCUGGGACGUGGCUUCAACACGGGGGUGAUCCUGCUCCUGCUCGACCGGCUGCGGCGCCUGGGCUGGGAGCAGAUGUGGCGGCUGACGGCGGAGCGGGAGCUGAUGAGCAUGCUCUCCACCUCGCUGGCCGAUCAGGACAUCUUUAACGCGGUGAUCAAGCAGGACCCGGCCCUGGUGUACCGGCUGCCCUGCUUCUGGAACGUGCAGCUCUCGGAUCACACCCGCUCGGAGCAGUGCUACACUGAGGUCUCCGAUCUCAAGGUGAUCCACUGGAACUCGCCCAAGAAGCUGCGGGUGAAGAACAAGCACGUGGAGUUCUUCCGCAACCUCUACCUGACCUUCCUGGAGUACGACGGGAACCUGCUGCGCAGGGAGCUCUUCGGCUGUGCCAGCCUCCCCAGCCCACCCAGCAACCAGCUGCAGCAGGCGCUGGAGGAGUUGGACGAGGACGACCCCUGCUACGAUUUCCGCCGGCAGCACCUCACGCAGCACCGCGUCCACCUCUUCUUCUUGCAGUACGAGUUCCUGGCCCUGCCCAGCCCCACCGACGUCACCCUCGUGGCCCAGCUCUCCAUGGACAGGCUACAGAUGUUGGAGGCCAUCUGCAAGCACUGGCCGGGCCCCGUCAGCCUGGCGCUGUACAUGUCGGACGCGGAGGCUCAGCAGUUCCUGCGCUACGCCCAGGCCUCGGAGGUGCUGAGCGCCCGCCGCAACGUCGCCUACCACGUCGUCUACAAGGAGGGGCAGUUCUACCCCAUCAACCUCCUGCGCAACGUGGCCUUGGCCAACACGCAGACGCCGUACGUCUUUCUGACGGACAUUGACUUCCUGCCAAUGUAUGGCCUCUACGAUUACCUCAGGAACUCCAUCCAGCAGCUGGAGCUGCCCCGGAGGAAGGCAGCUCUCAUCGUGCCGGCGUUCGAGACCCUGCACUACCGCUUGACCUUCCCCAAAUCCAAAGCAGAGCUGCUCUCCAUGCUGGACAUGGGCUCCCUCUACACCUUCAGGUACCACGUGUGGCCGAAGGGCCAUGCCCCGACGGACUAUGCCAAGUGGCGGACGGCCACCGUGCCGUACCGCGUGGCGUGGCAGCCAGACUUCGAGCCUUACGUUGUAGUGAGGCGAGACUGCCCCAAGUACGACCAGAGGUUCGUGGGCUUCGGCUGGAACAAGGUGUCCCACAUCAUGGAGCUGGAUGCGCAGGAGUACGAGCUGCUGGUCCUGCCCAACGCCUUCAUGAUCCACAUGCCCCACGCCCCCAGCUUCGACAUCUCCAAGUUUCGCCUGAGCGCGGGGUACCGGGGCUGCCUCCGGACGCUGCGGGAGGAGUUCCACCAGGACCUGUCGCGGCGCUACGGGGCUGCCGCGCUCAAAUACCUCACGGCCGAGAGGAGCCUGUGACCCCGGGGGGGGACAGCGGGUUGUGGGGUGCUCGCAGCACGCCGGAGAAGGGAGGGGCGCAGGGCCUGCCGCCUGCCCCGGCCCGCCGCCGCAGCCCGGCCCGAGGGACCCAAGCCUCUGCAGCCCAGCAAAGGGCUGCCCGGAGAUAAAACGGAAGGUGCCAGCUGAGAGAUCAGGCAGUGCCUGCAGGUCAAGCUGCUGCGGCGCGGCCGAGGGGUUGUAUUUUUUUUUUUUUCGGAGCAGCGGCCUUCCCGCGGUACAGGGGAGCCACCCCUGGCCCGGGGAUAUUGUUACUCCCCAUCCGUAUGGAUGCAGAGUCCCCAGUGGGGUUGGCCCAGUUACUACUGGGUGGUGCGGGGGGCACCAGCUGGGCCCCCCCCAGUUCACGGGGCUGUGAACCAUCGCGCCGGGCAAAGCAGCAGCGCAAGGUGGUGGUGGGGGGGUGGGGUGUCACCCUGCUCCCCCCUCACCCCCCAGCUCUGGGCAGCGCAGACGUUGCCAUCGACAAUCAGGGAUGUGGUUGACACUGGAGGAGGCCGUAGCUGAGCGCUGUGGCGGGAGCCCCGCGCCGGGAGCCGCGUGGCCGGGCACUGUUCCACCGCUAGCACACACUGGAGCACAGAGGAUGCAUUGCUUUCCUCACGCUAUUUAAAUUAUUUAAUACUUUUCUCGUAAGAGUUCAAUGAUUAGGGUGUCUGGGUUGGUUUGGGGGUUUUUUGUUUUUUUGUUUUUUUUUUUUUUUUUCAAUCCUUUCUUCCUCUCGGAUGAUUUUGCUGGUGGCCCUGGAGGCUCUCCAGGCCAGUUGCUGCUGCAGUCGCCGCUGUUCUCUCCUUUGCGUUCCUCGGGGCAGCAAGAGCCGGCUCUGUGCAGGUAUGAGGAUUUCCGUCCAGGGCGAGAGCGGCCAGGAGGAGCCAUACAAAGCGCGGGGUAUGGAAAGGGCACAAGCGCUUCUUGCUUAUUCUCUAAUUUAAUUUUUAAAUUAAAGCUUUUUUAUUCUUUUUCACAUCCUUGUUA